UUGUAAUAGAAAGCAAAAAUAACAUGAUAAAUUUUAUAAUCUUAAUGAUCUUGACGAUCUCAAGCUGAGCAAGUUAAAUAACUCCAUUGUCAUGAUAAUGUACGAUGGCUAUCAGUAAGAUAACAAGUUAUCAAAAUUGUUACUUUACUUAAUUAUAUGGCAAAAUAUAAUUAAUUAACUAUACAAAUAUCAAAUUCAUUUCUCCUAAAUGUAACGAAAAUGAAUGAUGUCAUAAUUUGGUAUGAAUUCCAGCGAACAUAUGUGUGAUGACCGGCGGCGCAAUGAUAGUCUGGUCUAAUCCAGUUUUGUUGAUGCUCAGCGAAAAUCCGGUAAAUGAAGAAAAUCCUCUGGGUCGGCCUAUCAGCGCGGGAGAGACAUCUUGGAUCGGAGCACUGCCUGCGACUGGUGCACUGAUCGGAAGUCUUUUUCCUGGAUACUUUGCUGAAAGGUGAUAAAUAUUUAUUACUGUGAUUAAUUAAUUGAUAUAUUUGUAUAUGACAAAUAUAGAAACCGUCGAUUGCAGAUGGGGGAGACGGACAACUUUAUUGGCCAGCAUCGUACCGUCAAUCUUAAGCUGGACACUGACUGGUACAGGAAAAAGUAUAGGAGUCCUCUGUGCGGGGAGAUUUAUUUCAGGCCUAGUGAUUGCUAUUGCAUUUAACAUAACUCCGAUGUACUGUGGGGAAAUAGCAGAGACUUCAAUUCGAGGGAUACUUGGUGCAUUUUUUCAAGUAUCUAUUACUCUUGGUCAAUUAUUUGCAUUCAUUAUUGGUCCGUGCGUUUCUUACACCCAUUACUGGAUCGCUUGUGCCGCAUUACCGAUCACUUUCUUCGUUCUCUUCUUACCCAUGCCAGAGUCCCCGCAUUACCUGGCGGCAAAAGGUCGGACAGAGGACGUCAUCAAGGUGCUGGCAAGGCUGCGCGGAAAGAGCGCAGAUGCUGUGCAAAACGAAGCGCAGGAAAUUAAGGCAUAUGUUCAAAAAUCUUACUAUGAAAAAGGGACGAUCAUGGACUUGUUUAAGGUCAAGGCUAAUUUAAAAGCACUAAUUAUUACAUGCGCAUUAGUAACUUUCCAAGAGAUCAGCGGCAUCGGUGUAGUCAUUAGUUACUCAGGACUUAUAUUUGCAAGUGCUGGAAAUUUCGGUAUCAGCUCGUCACUGGAAACUAUUAUCAUAGGAGUAGUUCAACUAAUUGGUUCGUGUGUUAACCCACUGAUUGUCGACCGAUUGGGACGUAAGAUCCUAUUGAUCAUCUCUGGUACAGGAUCCGCUCUAAGUCUUGGAGCACUUGGCCUCUUCUUUUAUCUUAAAGAUGCAGCAAAAAGUGAUGUCAGUGGCAUUGGUUGGUUACCAUUAACUGCACUGAUUAUGUACAUCGCAACUUAUAGUGUUGGAUUGGGUCCCCUUCCUUGGACAAUUACGGGCGAGAUAUUUUCCCCGGAAAUAAAGUCCAAAGCAUCGGGAAUAACUGUUUUAACUUGUUGUUUUAUGGCAGUUGUUGUGAGCAAAUAUUUUAUAAAUAUUGCUACGGCAUUUGGUCAUUACACAGCAUUUUGGAUUUUCAGCUGUUUUUGCAUUAUCAGUAUUUUUUUUACUAUAUUUGUUGUACCAGAAACUAAAGGAAAAUCAUUACAAGAAAUUCAAAACGAACUUAGUGGCAAAGCUGAUUUUAAUGAAAAGACAAAAAAAAAGCUGUAACGCUUACAAUAAUGAAUAAUACGAGACGGCAGCUCUUAUGAUGCUAAGUCGCGAGGGAUUACAUUACAAUAACGACUAAAAAAUUUAAUAAUAAUAAUUAUCAAUGUAAUAAUAAUAAUAAUAAUAAAAUAAAAUGAUGUACGGAUAUAUUCUUUGCACAUUUAUAUAAUUUUACAUCCGUAAUCAUUAAUAAUCUAAAUGUAGCGGACAUUAUUUAAUGACUUAUGAAAUCACUACUCUAUUUGUAAAAUAAAAUUAUUUGAUAUUUUA